AUGCUAGAAUGUACUUCUGACUCAUGCCCACUUGACAGCAAGUGUCUUAAUGGUACCUGCCAGUGUCUCUCUGAUACCUAUUUCUCGAAUGGCCGUUGCAAAAAAGCCCAAGUGUACCCAGGCCAGCUUCAUGUCAAAUCCCUGACAUUCAAAAAGGAAAUGUUCAACAGGUCCUCAAGUGAAUUCAGGUCAACGGCGAAGAAAAUCGCAGACGUGCUCAAUGGUGUCCUCAAAGAUCAGCCGGGGUACAUAAAGUCUGAAGUUGUAACACUUAAACCAGGAAGUGUGAUAGCAAAUGUGAAUAACAUCUUUGACACCACCGAUGUCACUCAAGAGUCAGUUGAUGAGACCAUCCAAAAGGCCAUAAACACCUCAACAAACGAAUUGUUGGCUAGUGCUUCAUUUUCAGCUUGUCCAAGUGGGCAAAGGGCAGUGGGAGACAUCUGUCAAUCAUGUCCAUUUGGAUAUUCUGGCUUCAAUUGCAAAGACUCGGCUCUACUGGCAGUCGUGGUCAUCUCCUGUGUACUCGGAGGAGUUCUUCUCAUCCUUAUCUUGGUUUUGCUUAUUUACUGCUGCUGGAGGAGAUGCUCUAAGAGCAAGCCAGACAACAGCAGCAGUCCUUACUCAUCAGGUGAAGUAAAUCAGUCCUGGCCCGCUGGCAUCACCCCCAUCCCUCGUGCCACCACUAACUGGGAUUCAGCUCCUCCCAUUGAGAUGACAGAAGGGGGCAGCACUCAUACCUUGGUGGACAAAAAGCAUCAAACUAAUGGACUGACGGGAUCAUAUGAUCUCAACCCAGAUGGAAUGAAGACAUUCAAAGGUAAAAAUCCAUCCCGUUACUCAUAUCUGGUUCAGGGCCACGAGAACCCCUACUUCUUACCAGGAGAUGACGGCAAAAACUGA